CACCAAUUUAUGCUCCCCCGCUCCUCCCUCGGACCCCGCCUCCGCUCUGCCCUCGCCGCCGCGCCGCGCCACGCCGUCGUCGCCCCCGCCGCUGCUACUCGUCUACCUAUUUUCACCCGCUCCACCGCUCGCACCUUCCACACCACCUCCACCAUGGCUACCUCCAAGGACGCCGUCAUCCCCCAGGCCGACCGCAUGUUCGAGGGCGGAACCCACAAGCUCGAUGUGUGGUCCAUCUUCACCCCCGCCAACGUCCCCCCCGAUGCCAUCAACCUCGGCCAGGGCUUCAUGAACUGGGCGCCGGCCGAGUGGAUCCGCAAGCAGGCCCACGAUGCCAUGGACAACGACGUGAUGGCCAACCACUACGCUCACCCCCGUGGCCGUCCCCGCCUCCUCAAGGCCAUCAGCAAGCACUACUCGCCCACUUUCGAGAACCUCGCCAAGGAGGGCCGCGAGCUCAAGGCUGAGGAGAUUGUCGUGACCGCCGGUGCCAACGGAGGCACCUACGCCGCCCUCCUCGCCCACCUGCAGCCCGGAGACGAGGUCAUCUGCAUCGAGCCCUUCUUCGACCAGUACUACGCCUCGAUCGUCUUCAACGGCGGCAAGCCCGUCUUUGUUCCGCUCCAUCCGCCCAAGGAGGGCUCGGGCAACUCGACCGGCAACGACUGGACGAUCGACUUUGACGAGUACCGUGCGGCCUUCACGCCCAAGACCAAGGCUGUCAUCAUCAACACGCCGCACAACCCCGUCGGCAAGGUCUUCUCGCGGGACGAGCUGCUCAAGUUUGCCGAGAUCUGUAUCGAGAAGGACGUUCUCGUCAUCGCCGACGAGGUCUACGACUGCAUGGUGUACGACGACAAGGAGCACGUCCGUAUCGGUGGUCUCCCCGGCAUGUGGGAGCGCACUCUGACUGUCGGCUCGGCUGGCAAGUCGUUCGCCGCGACCGGCUGGCGUGUGGGAUGGCUCAUUGGCCCUCCCGCGCUCACUGCCGCCACGCUCGCCGCGCACUCGCGUGUUGUGUUCUGCACCAGCGCGCCCAUGCAGGAGGCGGUCGCCAUCGGCCUCGAGGGCGCCGAGGAGCACAAGUUCUUCGAGACCCAGCUCCAGGAGUACGAGGAGCGCCGCGACGUCCUCCUGUCCUACUUUGACAAGCUCGGCCUCCCCUACACCCGCCCGGACGGCUCGUACUUUGUCCUCGUCGACAUGUCCAAGGUCAAGGUGCCCGAUGACUUUGAGGUCCCCGCGACGUGCCAGGGCCGCGGCAAGGACUUCAAGCUCUGCUGGUGGCUCGCCCAGGAGAUCAAGGUCGUCGGUAUCCCCCCCUCCGAGUUCUACUCCAAGGAGCACGAGCACAUUGGCGAGCGCUUUGCCCGCUUCGCCUUCUGCAAGGACACGGAGCUCCUCCACCGCGCCGGCGAGCGCCUCCUCCGCCUCAAGGAGUUCAUCCACUAAUUCGUUUUCGUCCAGAGACGAAAUCACGCAAAAUGGGAAAGGAGGCGGCAGUCACCGGGAUCUUGGACCAUCACGCCGGCUAGCUAUAGUAGUCGAGUCAUGCAUGUACCUAGAGCACA